AUAAAAGUUAUUUUGCUAUCUAAAAUAUGCCAUUUAGUUCCAAGUAGAUGUAAAUAAAGGUUAAUUUUUUUUAAUAUGGAAAAAACACUGACCUUUUCUGUUUGCUGUAGAACACUAGAAGGUUUCGAUACGCAACAAUUUGAACAGUUAGAGUAUGACACUGUUGAACAUCUAAAAAUUAAUAUCCACCGUGUCUUUGACAUUCCACCGCAUAGACAAAUAAUAGAUGGAUGGGCCACCAAACCCGAAAACGAUCAGUCUAUACUUCAAGUAUGCACACAUUUAGGACGCAUAAAUUAUUUAUUUUUAAGCUGUAGUCAGGAAGAACAAAUUCCAACUGACAGCUCUUCCAAUGCUCAGGAAAAUGGCAGAGAUUGUAUGGAAAUCAGAGCAGUAAAAAGUUGUAUAAGAAAAAUUAAUACCCACAUAAUAGCGUCAGGAACAAAGUUUAAUAUAGGAAAACUAUCCAAAAUUAAAAAUACUGUACUCCUUGCUCCUCCUGUAAAUAGAAAAUUUUUAGUUUUAUAUAUGCACAAUUCAAGGGAGGAAUUUUCAACUAAAUUUGUAAGAUAUUUACGAGAUGAAGAAAUUGCUGGUAUUUUGAAAGACUAUUUCUAUAUUAUUGGAUGGGAUGUUGAAAACAGAACUUAUCACAGGGCACUUUGUAAAGCUCUAGAAGAUGCUAACUUCGGUCAACUAUCUGCAUUAAUUCAAGCUGAAGCCUGUUCUGCAGUUAUUAUUCAAAAUAUAGACGGUUCUCCCAAUAUUCUUCCAUUUUUAAUUGGAGACAACGUAGAUUCGAGCCGAGAUUCCUUUUUAUUGUGUCUACAAAAUAGUCGCGACUUUUUGAUUGUGGAUCGCAAGCUUGCAAAUGGCUUAGAUGGUUCUUCACAGCGCAACGAAAUGACUUCGGAAGCUUUUCAAAAAAUUAUGGCAGACAGACUUGGCGACAGAGAUUACGAUAGUUUCGCUUUCGACCAACAUGAUCUGUUGAAAAAGAAAAUUGGUUUUGCAUUGUUUGGUCCACCUGUACAAGAAACAGGAUAUGACGAAGUUCAAAACUCUCAAAUUGAAAAUUUGUUCAAGCCUAUUUUAAAACACAAUAAUUUAUACGCCGAAUACCAAGAUCAGGUUGAACUAGCUUUCAUUUAUGUUGUCUUAGAGCCAACUGAUAAACAAGCAACAAUUAGCAGAAAAAAAGACCCAAACUAUAAUCCACGUGUUGAUAUAUCUCCUAUUCCGAUAUUUGUUUUAAGAAAGUGUCGAGUACAAAAAGGUGAAGCUUGCAGAAUUUUUAUAGAUCACGGUGGCAGAGUGUAUUCGAAUUGGCAAGAUUAUUUAAAAAAUAACAAGUUACCUGAAAGUAUAAUGGUGUUACCAUUAAAUGGAAGAUACCGAGUAAAGAAUGACAGGGUAUUACUCGAAAAGCACGAAACUCCCAGCUGUGGGGUAUUAAACACGGUACUAAAAGUUAGUGAUAUAAGUAGUACAGUUGCUGGCGUAGGAUCUGGUACUCUGAUGUUUGCUGGUGCUUUAACAAGUGUUAUUGCUGCACCCGUUCUUAUUGGUGCAGCUGCCGUAGGAGCUACAGCUGGUAUUUACAGUAUUACUAGAAGUGCAUUUGGUUUAGCUGACAAAAUAACUCACGACGAAAAUUUAAGUAUUUUUAACUCAGAAGCACGAGGAAUCUAUAUUAAUAUUCUGGCUGGAUCUUUGGGAUUUGUUGGAGCGGGUGCAAAUAUGGCUGUUUCUCAAUUAAUUGCACGUGGAGCCAAUAUUGGUCAGGGUGUUGGAUUGGCAGUUAAUGCAAUUAGUGUGGCAAACAUAGGAAUUAGCGGUAUUGGUAUCAUAAACUCCAGCUACGAUGUCUUUGAUAUGUGGAUAAACCAUAAUCAGGCUCCUUCCGCAUUAAUGAUAUUGCAGUUGGCUUCUUCAGUAUUGUUCUUUGGAAAUGCAGUAUAUAACUUCAGAACUGUUGGACAAAUGAUAGACGAAACACAGGGUAGGGUUUUAGAAGAUUAUCAUGACUCCUUGAGAUCUAACAGACACAGGAAAACCUUUAACAAACUUAUGAAAGAAACAAUUAGGCAAAACGAAGGUAAUCAAGUACAAGGAAGGGCGGAAGUCAUCAAGACGAUACGAAAUAUUGCAAAUAAAGACGAUGUAUUUGCCGCUCUUACAAGAAACAAUAAGUUGAUGAAUAGAAAUGGUAUUCGUUUCUCCGCAAAUGGGGGAGAAAUAACACUAAAUGGUCAAACGAUUAACAUGAACGAAUUUAUAGGAAUGAACAGGGAACAUGCAAGUGCUUUUCUGUCAAAUUUACCUACAGAACCGCACAUAUCAAUAAGUGAUACUAAUUCUAUGAUUGAUAAUUUCUCUUUAAAUAACUGGUCUAUACCUAAUGUUGAAGCAUUUGCUGGAUUUGCCUUAACCUUAAUUAGCGUAUUCUCAAACGAUAUUCAACGCAUGAUAAUGGAAUUAGUAGAAAGAGCCAUAGAACUUCUCUUGACAUAUUUUAGACAGAUAGUUAACGAAACAUUUGGUAGCUCAGCACAUCAAGAAAUAAUGGUCGCUGUAAUGGAAUACUUCGCAGGACAAGCAUCAACGGUUCUUCAGAGAUACUCUACAUGGCGCAGUACUGGAAAUCCGCAUUACUAUGAACCGUACUUUGUAGAAGUACCGGUAGAUCCAUCUGAAAGGAGGACAUGGAUCUUUAGCAGAAUUGUUAAAAUUUGUCAUGAAGCUGGUGACUUUAUUAAUGAUAUCAAGGAGUAUUUGAAAGCGUGGCUACUAAAUACAAUAUAUACUAGACAGAUCAGAGAUGAAGCUAUUGCAAGAAGGAACCAGCAUUCGUCCAGAAACACUAAUAGUGUGGGUUGCGCUAUUUGCGGAGGAAAUCAUUUUUCACAACCAUAACAAUCAGUAUCAACAUGUAUUUUAUAUAUUUUAAUAAACUUAUAUAGAAGUACAAAACUA